CAAACAACCCGGAUAUCUGGAACAGUGUGAGGAGGCGCACGUGUUGAAGGGACUGACGAUGAACAUUAGGACGGCCACUACGGCUGAUCUGAUGAACAUGCAGCACUGCAAUCUUCUGUGUUUGCCAGAAAACUAUCAGAUGAAAUAUUAUCUUUAUCACGGAUUGUCUUGGCCGCAGCUGUCUUAUGUUGCUGAAGAUGAGUGCGGUAAAGUUGUUGGUUAUGUGUUGGCUAAAAUGGAAGAAGAAUCUGAUGAGCCUCCUCAUGGUCAUAUCACCUCACUGGCUGUAAAGCGUUCUCAUAGAAGACUUGGGUUGGCUCAAAAGUUGAUGAAUCAGGCUUCAAGAGCAAUGGUUGAAUCUUUCAAGGCUGAAUAUGUUUCACUUCAUGUUCGAAUGAGUAAUCGAGCUGCUCUCCAUCUUUACAAAAACACGUUAAAAUUUGUGAUCUCUGAUAUUGAGAAGAAAUAUUAUGCAGAUGGAGAGGAUGCGUAUGCAAUGAAAAGGGACUUGAAGUUUAUUACAAAAGAGAUUGAACAGGAAAAAAAGAGAUUCAAAACAAAGCCUUCUCUUGCAGUACCUAAUGAAAACCAGGGAGAUGAAGCACGUGGCUCUGGGUGUGAUAAAGAGGAUUAUAAUGUAGGUGAAGGAAUGCAACCUGAUACAACUCGAGAUGUUGUGUCAACAAGUUCAGCACAAGGCUCAUCACUUACUGAUACUGACUGAAAUUGGUCAAUGUAUAAGUACGUGCGUAAAUUGCUACAUAUUGAUAUGAUAGUUUCAUGAAGUCAACCUAUAAUUAAUUAGUAGAUAUUGAAAGGAAA